GGCAACAAGCAGCUUCCAAAGCCAGGUGUCUGCACCUCCAGACGCUUUGAAGCAACUUUUUGAGGCAGGAAAAGUGCUUGAAAGGCAAAUGGGAAGAGAUAGCAAAUACCCAGAUCUUGCAGAUCUCCUAAUGUCUCCAACUUCUGGUGAAUACGAACAACCUCUUGGCGCUUCUAAACAACCAUUCAUGAAAGCGGUUUCACGCCCAUUGCCCGACGUACUUUCAGAACAACUAAAAGACAUGCAUUGUAGAAGUUUUAUGGGCUUAUUUCCGGAAAUUGAUCGAGCUUGGAUAACUUUCGACCAUAGACUGUUUUUGUGGAAUUACGUGGACGGAUAUGACUUUGUUUGCUAUGAAGAUCAGGAUCAAGUCAUUGUGUGCGUUGGCUUGGUAAAACCUAAACCAGAAAUGAUGAUCGAUAAUAUUUCCCAUGUACUCGUCAUCGCAACGCCGCUGGAGGUAAUCUUGCUUGGUGUCUCAGCCGGGAGAGAAAACGCCUUGCCCGGAAACACUCUUUACACUACAUAUCUAUCAGUUCCAUCCGACAAUGUGUCUAUGACCAGCAUUCAUGGAUCAAGUACUGGACGCAUCUUUAUGACUGGAAGUGAUGGACAUGUAUAUGAAAUGGAGUACCAGCAAAAUGAAAGCUGGUUUCGAAAGCGCUGCCGUUUGAUCAACCAUACCUCAAGCUCAUACGCUAGAUAUAUACCAACUCCUCUCAACUUCCGCCCCGAAGAUCCCAUUAAAGCCAUUGCAAUAGAUACAGCGCGCAAUGUUCUCUAUAUGCUUUCAAAGAAGUCCAAUCUUGAGGUUGUGUAUCUGUCAGUGGACGACAAGGGCUUUACUCGAGCAGCAAAGAACACUGAAGUUUGCAAAUCUGCUCAGCUCAUGUGCCCAACUUCUCCUCUACUUGAAACUCAAAAUUUUGAACUUGUGUCUAUCCACCCAAUAUCUGAGCGCGAGUCCAAAAAGAUUCAUCUCGUCGCUGUCACAUCGACCGGAUGCAGACUGUAUUUCACACAUCAUCGCAAUGGUUUGCGCAACAGCUUUCCCAUACCACCCUCAACUCCUCCAAAUGCUUUGGAACUGGUGCAUGUUCGAAUACCACCAUCGCAACAAAAUGGCAGAUCAUUAGGGCUUCUCGGCAGAGAUACAGACGUCGCUAAUAUCAGCAUAACCUUAUAUGAAGAUGCCGUAUUUUUGGCUGCCAAGGACGACAACGAAAGAUGCGAUACCCUUAUUACUGCAGCUCCUGAUACUGGCAAAAUUAUGCUUAGCUCUCAAACACAGGCUUCUAAAAUGCCACUGGCAGAGUUCAGUAACCGUAUGGAGCUUCCUGGCAAGACGUGGGCUAUUGCAGAGUAUUUAAACAAUACAUCAAAACUGACCGACUUUGGCAUUAGUGAAUUAGGCGCGCAUCUUGCAAUGCCUCCUCGACAGUUCCUUGUUCUUGGAAACAAUGGCUUAACAUCAUUCGUCAAGCAACGGCCGGUCGAUACACUUCAACAACUGCUUAUAGAGAACAGCUCCAAUCUGAUGAUGAGGGAAAAAGAGCUCACUGCCUUCUUUCAGCAUUACGGUCGAAUAGAAGCUUGUGCGAUGUGCUUGGAGAUCGUUUGCUUUAACUCUAACGAGAACGGCGAGCCUGCCAACCCUCUCUCAAUAUCUGCUGCCGAUGUCUUCUACCAGUUUGGUGGUGAGCCAACGCUAAAGGAGAGCAGCUAUCCAUCUGUUUCGAAUGAUCUUGGUCGACCUUUGGUACAAGUGGAGACUAGCUACAGUGGCCGACAUGAUGGCUUGGCGCUGUAUCUUGCACGAGUUGUUAGACCAGCUUGGAAACAAAAGCUGUUUGAAGUCAAGCCCACAGAACCUUCAGUGAAUAUACAGGGUCUCAUCGGCGAGCAUGUUUUCACUUCAAUUCAAAAAAACUUGGCCGCACUGAAGAAGUUUAUGGAUUCGCGGCCUUCAUUGUAUGCCUUGCCUAGUCCGUCGGAAUCCAAGUACCAGUCUAUAGAUCGACGACUUUUGCAGCCCUUAUUGAAUGAACAACAAUCCCUGCAUGAUUUAUACCAACUUCUUGGCCAGUGCAUCGAAGCAAUCUUCUUUAUCCAAAACAUAUUUUAUAAUAAUCCAGCAAAGACAUUCCAAAGUGUUUCUCCGGAUGUGCAAAAUCGCCUCAAGGAACUCACACUGGAGAACAUCUUGAUCACCGAGCAAGGGCGACUUUUGACACGAGAACUCGCAACUAUUUUCAUAAAUUCCCGUACUGGUCAAGCAUCCAACAGACUUAUCAGUGAUGCGCUACAAGCAGGAUGCAGCACUUUCUGCAAUGCAAAUGAUAUUACGUAUUACAAGGCUGUCGAGUUUUUGAAACUUGCAAAGGACGUAUCGUCAGAGGAGGAGAGAGAAGCAUCUCUGCAGCGGUCACUGGAGUUGUUCAAGAAUGUUGCUGGAAUUAUUCCUUACAAUAAGUUGCGCGAAAUCUGCCUCGACUAUCGAAAUCUUGGAUUCGCCGUUGGUGGAAUCCAACUUGCACUUGCCUGUGCCAGAGCUAUCGAUCCUCAAAACAGUGGUACAUCAUACUUUGACGAAGGCAAGCCAACUCCAGACCCAAGAGAAGCAACUUAUUCUUUACGCUGCCAGUGCUACAGUUGCGUCUUCGAUCUGUUGGUUGACGCCAAGUAUUUGAGCGAGUCACGCAAAGAGACUGUGGAUAGAAGGGUCUGCCGCGGCGAUCCUAUAAAAUACAAAGAAUCAGUGUUCGGUCAAGCACUUGCAUCGGAUGACCGUGUAUUCCAUUUUGAGCUGUACGAAUGGUUCCUCAGAGAGGGUAUGACCCAAGAAUUACUUGAGGUCAACACUCCCUAUGUUAUUCCUUACCUCAGAUCCCAUGGACCGUUCUUUUCCGAAAAAUCAAGCUUACUAUGGCAAUACUAUCGACGAAAUGGACGACAUGACGAAGCUGCUAUUUGCCUUAAGCAACUGGCCACCUCCGAUGCUGAAAUCGAUCUUAACCAGCGUGUCGAAUAUCUGUCGACUGCCAUAGAAAAUGCCCGCAGCUUCAAGGCCAAAUCGUACCAAACAGAUAUCACCAAUCUCUUGCGUGUACUAGAAGAAACGAUGGAAAUUGCUGAAGUACAAGUUGAAAUACGACAGGUAUUGCAGCAAACCAUGGACCUAACCGGAUCAUUGGCCGUUAUCAAUACACAGUUACUGACUGUGACUGAGUUAUAUCAUAACUUUGCUGAGCCGUUUAACAUGUUGGAGCAAAUGCUUCUAAUUUUCAAAGUCUCCAACAACAAUGAUCUAUCAUUGACCACUCAUGUUUGGACUGAAAUCAUUCGGAAAAACGAGGAAUUCGCCAAGCAGCAAAAUAGAAGUGCAUUGGCGUCUUUAUCUGCAUAUGUUCGAAGACUUGGUCAACGUUUCUUCCCAUCUAGAUUCGCCUUCCCACUAGAUGUGUUGUGUGAAAUGCUCGAACAAUUUGCAUACUCCUACAUCGAUCAAGUCGAGCCAGGCUGGGUCAUCAAUACCAUGCGAAGUGUUGGUGUACCAUAUGAAAUGCUCUUUGAGGCUUACCUAGUGAUAUUCGAUGCCAAGCGACCGGCAUGGCGUGGCCAGCACGAAAUAGACUACUUGCUGACCCAGAUACUAUAUCUGACACGUUCCUGGUUAGAUUAUUUGGCUGGACCAAGUGUCACGGAAGCAGAAAAGCAAAUGCUCGAUAUUAGCAACUUGCGAUCGGCUAUUAAUAAUUUUGAAGAGGUUUUGAAGAAUGGUCCACGACACUUGGUGGACUCCAAAGUUAGAAAGGAUUUGUUGAACGGCUUUCACGAGGAGCUUGCAAGAGCAAGCAGCUGAACGACUACACAUUGCCUUUAUCUUAACAGUAAAUAAAUGUAGCAAGUUACUUCAAAGUUCUGAUCUCAUA